AUGAGCAAAGCUAGUAAAAUAACAUUGGGUUUAUCUUGUCUAAUAAGUUUUAGUACAAUUAUAGGUGUUCAUUAUGUUCAGGAACUAGAAAGACAAACCUUACAUGGGGGUCCGAUCAAAGAUGCCAAAAGAAUGGAAGAAAAAGAAAGGAAAAGAAAUUUAAACAGAAAUGACCAUGAAAUGCAACAAGAAUUAAAGAGAAAAUAUGAAAGUGUUCAACCUUUGAAUGGUGAUAUAGUGAGUAGUGAUAACAAACAUGAAGAUUGA